AUGUCCGUCGCAAUCUCACCCGAUGGCAAACACAUUGUGUCUGGUUCACGAGACAAGACCAUCCGGGUGUGGGACCUAGAAUUUCUUAACCGGCACCAACUCUUCGCAUCUGCAAUAUGCUUCUCACCUGACCCAUCUCAUGCCCUUCAUUCCGCCUCGUCCUUUCUCUCAGAUUCUGAAGCCCCAGCUCCUUAUGGUUUGAACGAGGAGGGCGAUGUUCGCCCAGGGAAACGUGUUGGUGAUACCUACCAACGCCUUACAGCUGGACUUGAGUCGUGUCGCACAUGGCACGUCGUGGCACGAGUGUCGGACGCAGUAGGCAGAGUCAUCUUCGUGAUAGAUAUCUGUCGGGUCACGCCAUGGGCACGUACUUUGUUGAUUGACUGAUGUUGGACCGUACAAUACAUAUUUGCCUUGUUGCGAUGCUUCAUUA